AUGACUACAUUUGUCAAAGAUGUUACAGAUAUACCAUCAUUAAAACCACCGCAAGAGACAUUUGUAGAUGAACCUAGAUCAAUUGAAGAAAUAUCAUUUGAUGACCUAAUUUUUGAUAUUUCAAAUAAACUUAAAAAUAUAUCGAAUUUACACGUAUGGCAUUUAAUUUAUUUAAUGAAUAAAGUAUGUCUUAUGAUUAUAAAACUACAGGAGGAUAAAGAAUUAUUUAAGAAAUUUCGACUAAUUCAGUUGGAAAAAUUGGCUAUAAAGUUAGAGGAAGAAGAGAUAAUAUCUGAUUCAAUUGAUUCAAAUGAUGAAUUGGAAUUUAAACCUUUAAAAUUAACUAAAUUUAAUGAUGCAAGUUUUGAAAAUAUCAAUGAGGAUGAAGUAGAUGAAAUUGAAGAGGAGGGGGAUGAAAAUUUAGAAACUCCAUAUAUUCCAAUUGAAACAUUAACUUCAACUCCAAUACCCGAUCCACAUUUAGCAAACUUAGAUGAGUACUCCAAGAAAUUACAAAAUGAGAUCAAACUAGUGAAUAAACAAAGGAUCACACCAUCUAAGAAUUUCAAAAUUUUCAACCUUGUUAAAAUUCCAUCACUUUCAAUAUUACAAUUUUUAAUAAGGAUUAAGACUUAUAGUCCAAAUAUAUCAACCAUGGUUUACUUACAAUCAAUAUAUCUCCUAUUCAAAUUGACAAUCCUUACAAACUCAAUUCGACUCAAUUUAAAUAACAUUUAUCGUAUUAUUGUUGGUAGCUUAAGAUCACUAACAAAAUUAUUUGAUGAUAUAUAUCAAAAACAAAAAAUAUUUACUAAUGUAGUUGGUGUACCAUUGAAAGAUUUAUUCAAAAUUGAAAUUAAUUUUUUAUAUUUGGUUAAUUUUAAUUUGUUUUUCCUGGGAUUGAAUAAUGAAAUAUUUGAUAAUUUUUUACAAUGCCAAAUUCCUGAAUUAUGUGAGUUUAUGAAGUGUGAAUUUGGUGAAUUUUAUGAAAAUGAAAUUAGAAAUGAUAGUAAAUAG